AUGUUUACUGAUAUUGGUAAGGACGAGUCGGAGAUGAUCAAAUUUAAUGAAUUUAUUGAACUGAUUACGGGUAAAAUAAACUCACAGAGAUUUUUUUUCAACUUUUUGACAAUGAUAAAACGUACGAUUUCGUUCCAAGACUUAAAGCGUGUGUGUACCGAACUAGGCGAAACUUUGACGGAUAAAGAAAUGCAUGAGAUUAUUGAUGAAGCAGAUCGUGAUGGAGACGGACUGAAAAACGAGAAAGAAUUUUUUCGCGUUAUCAAAAAGCGUAACAGGAAUCCACUUGACGACCCCAGCGACGACGAUUGA